AUGGUACGGACUGAUUUUCUAGCCACAAGUACGUUAUCCUAUCAGCUUGCAGAAGCUCUGCACCUGCAAGGCUUCAAGAAAGAUGGGGCCCUUGUAACAGCACAAAAGGGUAGCGAACAUGAAGUGAUUCUAUAUCUUGGACAGGAAGUUAGAGAAUUUACCUCUGUUAAGAUUGAAUCACAAUCGCAGAAACAACCUAUGUUCUUCACAACCGAGAAUAUUGGUGUAGCGGUUGGACCCUAG